AUGGCGGGGCGGCAGCGUGGGUGGGAGGCGGCCGAGUUCUACCGGAGGCACCGGGUGCCGCAGCGCCUGGAGGAAGCCCUCAACGCCCUCUUCCCGCGCUGCCCCGACGACCUCUACGGGGAGCUGGCUAACUACUUUACGAAAUUUUCAAAACCUCCAGUGAUAUGCAAAUUAGUUGGAAGAAAAGUUCUUGAUGGAGUUGGUCAGCCAACAUUAGAAGUGGAAAUAUACUGUACAGUUAAAAACUAUGAGAAGAAGGUUUGUUCCACUGUAAUGUCUUCUCAUUCUCAAAUACCUGAAAAUGCUUUACCUGACGCAGCUGAAGCUGCUGAGAAAGAAAGAAAUGACUCUGUUAACACUGCUGUGGAAUGGGUUAACGAAUCACUGAACUUAAUGUUAAGAGGCUUGGAGCCUACUGACCAGUGUAAAGUCGAUGAGAUGCUUGGGGAAUACUUUACAAAAAAGCUACAAGAAAAAAAAGAAAUCCAAAAGCCAGAAGAAGAAGCCACUCCUGCCUUUACUUCAUGCUCUCCAUCGGCAACAGCACUGCCUAGGAAAAAAAAAGCUGCAAACCCAGGGAAGAAGGUGGCAGUUGCAGAGAGAGUGAUACCACCUGCAGAACCCAUUGAAUCAGUGCUGUGCGGCAGCUUAGCUAUCGGGGGAACAUCGCUUGCUGUAGCUAAGGCUGGUGCUGCCAUUAGCCAUGCCCCGUUGUACUCACAUAUUGCACUGCUGAAACGUAAUCAGGAUUCACCUAAGGAAAUGACUCUACCACUCCCAAUGGUUACUCUGUUGAACUGUGAAAAAAGUUCACCUGCAAAGCUGAAAUUAGUGAAAGAAGUCAUGCUUAUACCGCCAGUUCAGUUAUCACUCAAACAGGGCAUAGAAAGAGUUCUGGAUAUUCAGAAAGAAGUAAUGAGACUGUUGGAGCCUCCAGGCAAAGCGCCCGGUGUUCAACUAGCAGACGGUAAGAAAAGCAAAGCACAUAGUACAGAGAAGAAAGCUCCGCCACAAGCCUUAAAAGGAAUAUCACACUUAGGUUGCCCAAUAAUGGAAUGGGAUAAUCUAGAACAACUGCUACUCCUUAUCCGAACAGCUUGCAACAAUGUAGGUCUGAAUCUAGGAGGAGACGUGUACUUAGCAAUCAAUUGUGCUGCUCAUGAAUUAAUGGAUUAUGCUAAAGGAAAAUAUGAAAUACUCACUGGAACGUUCAAAAGUCCUGAUGAAAUGGUUGACAUGUAUGUGGAACUGAUUAAUAAAUUUCCUUUCAUUAUUGCAUUAAUAGAUCCCUUAAGAAAAGAGGACAGACAACAAUGGAAUAAAAUAUGUUGUGCUCUUGGUUCCAAAUGUUACCUGAUUGCUGAAGAUGCUGCCACGUAUAUUUCCAAACUUAAAAUCAACCAAAACGUAAACUUACCAAUGUGCAGUGGUGUUGUCCUAAAAUAUAUUAACCAAACCAAGGUAUCAGACCUCAUAGAACUUACUCAACUUGUAGACGGUCAAAGACGUAUUACCAUAUUAGGAAGCCCAGAUGGAGAAUCUUCUGAUGAUAGCCUUGUGGAUCUGGCUGUUGGACUGGGUGCCAGGUUUAUCAAGUUGGGAGGUCUUUGCCGCGGAGAAAGGGUGACCAAAUACAACCACCUUCUUGCUAUAGAGGAAGAACUGGCCAAGAAUAGAACACUACGGGAAGCAAAUAUUGAAUUUAUUGCUUUUGCUGAAGAACCACAGCCAGAAAAACAACUUUCUGGUGUACUUCCUCCCCUAAAGCAGGACUCGUUGCCUCCACAUGCUCCCAGCCCGCCUGCUGAGCUCCCAGAGAACAUCAUGCUGACCUAGGUCGUCAACAUUAACUUUUGGAUAGAUAAAAAAGAAUAUUCUAGUACGAAACCCAUGUAUUAUAUAUUCCUUAAUCCAUUUCUUUUCAAACACUUCAGCUAAAUGUUUUUAAAAGCAUUCAAACAGUAGCUUCUCUUUUCCCAGGAGACCAUUGCCUUCAGCUGAAACCAAGUUAACUUAGCAGUAGCUACGGUUUGAAAACACCACAAAAUUCUUCGCCGUAUUUCCAUACUGACAAAACAAAUACCUCUGUGUUAAGUCCAAAACUAAGUGUUUGUUUUGGGCGGGCUGAAAUCUCUCUCCGUACAAAGAAGAAGCUAUUGACAAACAGUAAAAAAAAACCAAACCAUUUUACAAAACACAAAGGCCUUGACUGUUACGCUGCUCCAUCCCCCCACCCCCCCUCAAUGCUGCUCUUAG